ACUGUGUAUUUUAAAGCAUUUGAAAGGAGAAACAAUGCUGAGGGGGUUUUGGCUGCUGACAGGCAAUGGAGUCCCUGUUGAGUAAGGUCUCCAGGUCACAGCAGCAUGCCUGGAUGCUGGAAGUGCAAAGGUCGACUUUACUUGGUUGAUACAAUAGCAGGAGAUCCAGAGGUUCUGCAAACAGAUGCUGAAACAUACUAUGAAAAACUCUUGAAGAAGUCACUGUCCACUCCUGAUAUUUUCUCCAUCCCUGGAGGAGGAGAGGUUAAACUUGAAGAUUCCUGUGUGUGCUUUGUCCCUCUCUACCGGAAUAAUCCUACUUGCAAACUGUUGCUGUUAACUGAUCCAAAGGAUAAAGAGACAGUUUUGGCAGUUUAUUUGAGCCAGCGCUGGUGGCCUGUGGAAGAUGUUGUGAAGACGGCUGAUCCUGCUAGAGAUGGGCUCAUUUUGGUCCAGACAUUUGGAGAAAGGAUUGUCCUCUUUGUUCUGAACUGCAUUAUUUUUGGAAUGCUGGAAGGGAGUUCAGCUAAUGAUGCAUUCUUUCUACCUCACUCUGCCACCGAGCGUGCCAAGAUACUCUGGAGGAACGGCGAGGCUGCUGCCUUUUACUCGGUCAAGAUGAAAGGGAGCCUGUGUGAUGGUACAACCAGUCAGUGUUACCUGCUGCCAGUUUUGGAUACUAUAUUUGUCCAGAGAAAGUACAGAAGAGGUGGCCUAGGGAUGAAAAUGUUGCAUGAUUUCUGUCAGUCUUUCCUGGCUGAGGAUGCCUUGGGGAUCAGCUGCCCUAUUUCUGCUGCCAUGUAUCAAGUAUGCCAGAAAUUCCUGCAGGCUCAUCCUGAGGAGCAGAAGCGACUGUGGGAAGUGGAAGCACCAGGAGAUUGGAGCCAGCGACUGAAUAUCUGGUUAAAAAUUCAGAUGGAGUCAUCCCCUUCAGGAAAAGCUGAAGUGGGCUCUUGUAUGGAGAAGACUCCAACUACUAAACCCAGACAAUUGGACCACAUGAAUAAGGAGGUGUACAAGAGAGCCAUUGCCAACAUGCCUCCCAUCCAGGAGAAACGCCACUGGAAGAGGUAUAUCUACCUCUGGAUUAGCUAUGCACUCUAUGAGGAGCUGGAGGCAAAAGAUGCAGAGCGAACCAGACAGGUGUACCAGGCAUGCCUUGAGCUCCUGCCCCACAAGAAGUUUACAUUUGCCAAAAUGUGGCUGCUGUAUGCGCAGUUUGAAAUUCGCCAGAAAAACCUCCCCCUUGCCAGAAGGGCUUUGGGGACAUCCAUAGGUAAAUGUCCAAAAAACAAACUGUUUAAAGGUUACAUCGAGCUGGAGUUACAGCUGCGUGAAUUUGACCGUUGCCGAAAGUUGUAUGAAAAAUUCCUGGAGUUUGCACCGGAAAACUGCAUGUCCUGGAUUAAAUUUGCUGAGCUGGAAACCAUCCUUGGGGAUAUCGACUGUGCCCGGGCCAUCUACGAGCUGGCUAUCAGCCAGCCCUGGCUGGACAUGCCAGAGGUGCUUUGGAAAUCCUACACUGACUUUGAGAUGGAGCAAGAGGAGUGUGAGAGAGCCAGGAGCCUUUACCGGCGGCUGCUGCAGCGCACACAGCGCGGAAAGGUGUGGAUCAGCCUGGCGCGGUUCGAGCUGUUGGCGGGGCAGGAGGAGCGGCUGCAGCGCUGCCAGCAGAUCUACCAGGAGGCCAACAAGGCCAUGUGCAGCUGCGAGGAGAAGGAGGAGAGGGUCAUGCUGCUGGAGUCCUGGAGGAGCUUUGAGGAUGAGUUUGGCACCGAUGCCACUAAGGAGAGGAUAGAUAAACUGAUGCCUGAGAAAAUAAAGAAGAGGAGAAAGCUGCAGGCCAAAGAUGGGUCUGAUGCUGGAUGGGAGGAGUACUGUGAUUAUAUUUUCCCAGAAGACACUGCCUGUCAGCCCAACCUCAAACUCCUGGCUAUGGCAAAGCUCUGGAAGAAGCAGCAGCUGGAGAGCGAAGAUGCAACCAUGGAUCCCAACAAGGACAUUGAUGAAAGCCAGACUUAAUACCUUGCCUUUUCCCACCGCUUUCCUGGGCUGUUGUACAGGUGUUGACUGCUUUCCUGGAGUUGGGCAAGUGGCAGGAGAUGCCAUGGAGGAGAAAGA